AUGAUGCUCGAAGAAAAAUCUACAUAUCAACAAAUAUUUUGCUCUAUCAUCAGUGUACAGAGAACUCAAAUAAGAGACAAAAAAAUUGUUAUUUACACUUCUGACGAACCUGAGAUAAUUCUCAAUGCAUAUUUGUUUUAAUGAAACGAGAUUAAUUUUAUCAAUUUUGUGUCAAGAAUAUAAUUAAAUUACUGUUAUCUCAACACUUAUUGUUUCGCUGUCUCGAAUGUGUUAUCCCAUUUCAAUCCUAGUGUGAAAACCACUAUCUACAAUUUUUUCUACGUAGAUGAGCGAAUUUUUUUUUGUCGAUGACGAAUCAGACGAUUUUUUCAAAGUUUGGGACUUUAACAACAUUCGGAUUUAUAAUAAACGAUUUGAAUUAUAACUGAACAAGGGUUCACGAAGGAUUAAAACACGUGCUUUUAGUUUCGAAUUAGUUUUCUAGGUUGGUGUCAGUGUUUGUGAAUAUGCAGAACAAGAACUAUUCAGAUAAUAUUAACCUUGCAGUCUACAGCAUGGGCGGCCCCGAAAAAUGCUUCGGCAGACCGGAGGUGGUGCCCGACCCUUCGACCAGCUGGAGAUCCAGGGAAGAAAAUGAGUCCUCCUGCAGUUACACUACCUCAGGAGGAAGCGAAGACCAGAUGAGCCGAAGGGAAAGAAGCAAGUCCUUGUCGCAGUUGGAUCCUGAUAUGGCUACGGGAGAGGUUGCCAGGAUAAGGGAGAAGUUAUUGAGGACGAAUUCUCGUGUAGAAAAAUCGCAACUCAGGAAUUUCUCCGGUACUCAACGUCUAACGUUGCUGAUGCUAGCUUUAGUAGACUUUAUGGGAUUCUGCUCUAUGUCCAUAAUGGCUCCAUUUUUUCCCAAGGAAGCAUAUCAGAAAGGACUGAACGAGACUGUGAUUGGUUUAAUUUUUAGUUUUUACGCACUAAUUAUGUUCCUGACGUCGCCCAUCUUUGGCAAAAUUCUACCAAAGGUGGGGACAAAAAUAUUAUUUCUGGGUGGAAUAUUGGUAGUAGCCAUAACUAAUAUUCUCUUUGGAUUUUUAGUUCAUGUUGAAGAUUUCACUCUCUUCACUUCUUUAUGUAUUUUAAUAAGAGGCAUUGAGGCAUUGGGAGCCUGUGCAUACUCAACAGCCAGCUAUGUUUAUGUCGUCAAUUCCUUUCCACAAAGUAUAGGAAGCGUUUUGGGGAUCUUGGAGACUUUUGUAGGGUUAGGAAUGAGCACAGGACCGGCUAUAGGGGGAUUCCUCUACUCGCUGGGUGGCUUCACACUGCCAUUUUUAGUUUUGGGCAUCACGAUGGUUAUUACAGUUCCUUUAAACUUGGUAUUUUUACCUAGUGUUGAUGAAUGUUACGUGUCCAGUAAAUCUACUUCUUUCUUCAAACUGAUAAGGAUUAAAGAAGUAAUGGUGAUUGGUUUGGUUGUGGUGUUUGCUUCAAGUACUUGGGCCUUUUUAGAUCCGACCCUGGAACCCCACUUAAGGCAGUUCAACCUCUCACCUGGAAAAGUUGGAUUGAUCUUCCUGCUCUUCUCUGCAUUAUACGCCAUUUCUAGUCCUAUCUGGGGAUGGUGUGCUGAUAAGGUUGAUAAUCAUUGGGCCAUGAUGGUUAUUGGAUUGUUUUUGAGUACGGUGGGCCUACUCUUGUUGGGACCUUGCCCUUAUAUACCAUGGCUCGAGAGAUCAAAUUCCUUAUGGCUUAUAAUUGUUGCCCUAUGCAUACUUGGAGUUUCCAUAGCUCUUACAUUGUUGCCAACUUUCAGAGGUAUACUGACCUCAGCAACUGAUGCUGGUCACAAAGAAUCUUUAGCGACCUACAGCGUAGUGGCAGGAGUUUGGUCAUGUCUCUAUUCUCUUGGUGAAGUGAUCGGACCCUUUUUAGGAGGAGUUUUGCAACAACAUUACGGGUUUCCUCUUAUGUCUACUGUUAUGGCAGCUAUAACGUUUUCAAUUGCGUUGGUAACCCUUCUUUACUACACGACGAAGAGGAAUAUUAACGGGGAAGGUAACACAUCAUGUGACAGCGGUAUCAACGAGUCUUGGAAGAGUUCUAGUAGUAACAGUGAAGGAGAUUGUUCUGAAACAACAUCCUUAUUAUACUCAAGAACAGAUCAUAGGGAUUAUAAGACCUAUACAGAAGACAAAGUGCAGAAUUAUGGAGAAAAGAGAAGAAUUGAUCAGGAGGCGGGUGAUAUAGAUUUCAAUCAGUGUACAGACAUUAGAGGCACAAUUUCCAUUACUGCAAGGGGAGCUUGUGAAGUAUAAAAAAUGUAUUAGAGAUGAAAAAAAGUGAAAUAAACCUACAAAAAUAUUAUUUAUUGUAUUAAUAAACUGUUAGACUUA